AAACCUGGGAAGAAUUUUUAAGUUUCGUGAUCCUCUUAUAUAACCUAGUCUCUGAAACUUCCGUCUUCUCUUUCCACAAAGAUGGAGUCACUACCAGAAGAAAUGUUAUUCACAAUAUUUCAAAAUCUUCAUCCGUUAGAACUUAUACACUUAUCACGAGUGAACCGACGCUGGCAUGACCUCGCGCUAAAUCCUCGACUACACAGAUUUGUGGACCUUCAUGGCAAGCUGCACCUCUCCUCUGCUACGAUCUGCAAGUACAUCAGCAAGUACAAACAUUCCCUACAAGUAUUAAAUCUGCAAGAAUGUUACUGGCUAAAAGGUGGUGCCCUUUCCAGUGCACUGCAAAAGUGCAGAAAGUUGACAUCUCUCAAUGUGUUAGGUUGCAGUGUCUCUAAGAAAACCCUUUGUUCUGUUUUGAAACUGAACAGUAAUCUUACAACUUUGGCUUGGUCUAUUACUGCUAGUGAUCUUUACCUACCUCCCACCCCAAUUUCAAGAGAAACUUUUAGGGACAUAAUGGUGUCUUUCUGCAGGGGACUUGCAACUGGUUUUGCGGGUUUGGAUCAACUGAUGAUUCGGUUUCCAGUGCUUGUUGAUAAGUUAAAGUUUUUUGUGCCAUUUGUUCUUAACUUGGGAAUGCCGCUCAUUUGCCGUGAACUAAGUCUGAAAAGAUUUGCACUCCAGUGGUUUGAUGUAACAGAGAGAGCCAUUCAAUGUGUUGAGAUUGUUAUUGAAGGAAGUGGCCUUCAAUUUCAGAAAGGAGAACAAGUAACAGUCUCGUUGUCAAACACUACACCCCAGUACAAUCAUGAUCAUCAUUUAACUGGUCUACAAGCAAUGUCUUUAAGGGCAGCAGGUCCCGAGCUUGAGCGUGGAACUCUUCAUACAUUUGUUUUGCCCCAUUUUGAUUAUUUUGUGCAAUCUGACAAUUGCAAUGAGCACAUCGAAAAGUUGGCAACUAAAUCGUCAAUAGUUAACAUGGAUUUGGGAGCACUGGGUAAACAAGAUCCAGACCGUUUGACUGCCAUCCUCGCUGCACAGUCAUUGAGAUAUUUGAAUCUUACUGGAAUGGACAUUAUUGGCCAUAUGUUGCAAGUGAUUGCAACUUCCUCGCCAAACCUCAAGAUUCUCAAUUUACAAGAUUGCCGAAAUUGCCUCACACCGAUUCAAGGGCUGGAAUCAUUGGCACUAUGCUGCACAAACAUGACUCAGUUGAACCUCAAGGGAGUUCACUACAGUCAAGAUUCUAAGGAAAAACUAAAUAGCUUCAUGGAAAUUAUCUCCAAAUUCACCAGUCUUACUUCUCUGAGCAUUUGCAACUGUGUGCUAGGUUCAGCUGAGAACAAGAAGAGUAGCAAGCGUGGCUUUAAAGAAGAAGUGGUAAAAAGAACCAAGAGGGUUUGCCAUGGAAGGAAUCUUCCUGGCUGCCAGUCAAGUUGUGAUCCAGUAACAGGCUCAAACAGUGCCGCAGCUGCCAAUGACACACAAACACAAACACCUUGCUGUGAGUUACGUGGUGUGGGAACUUUUGAUUACCUGACUCAAGUGUGCAGUAAAAUAACAGAAUUUGAACUCAUCCGUACUUCAUCACCAGGAACCACGUUUGUGAAGAGUUACUACAGGUCAUCUAAUAGAGCUCUGGCAGAACGAUGCACUGAAACUUGUUACACAAUUAAAAGCACAUAUGACACUUUGUCGUCAAUUGCCAACUGGAAAGGUUUGAAGAGACUGACACUGGCAGCGCCAUUCAUGCAAUGCAGUUUGGAUUGCCUUGUUACCAUAGCACAGAACUGUUCCAAUCUUCAGUUCUUGUCUCUUGCAACCUUGGCUAAUCUCAGUCAUUCAGGGAAUGUGGCACUUCUUCAAGAAGCUCUUUCAUGUUGCCAUCAACUUAGAGACUUCAGACUUGAACAACCACACUUCAAAAUCACUGAAUCAUUUCUGUUGUCACUUGGAGAAUCAAAGCAUCUUGAACGUGUUUGCAUCAUUGCCAAGCAUGGUCCUAUGAAGAUAGAUUCCCGAGUUGUUGUCUCACUAUUCGAAAAGUGUUGUAAGCUGUAUUAUUUUCAAGUACUCUGUGAUAUAACAAUUAAAGCCAGCAAAGUCAUGAUGGAUUCUGUGAAGCAAAGGUUUGUAGCAGCACGUCCAGGACUGAUUGUGUCUAUAGUUCCAUUUCGUCACUCUUCUACCCCCCUCACCUUUCAAGUCCAGAUUGUCAAGUCUGUUCCAGUUGUUCAUCUUAAAGAGUUGUUUCUAUUUGGAACUUCUGUUGCAACCAGUGUUCCUACCUGACUGGAAAAGGAGACUGAAGAAGGAAAUUAGCGUUUUUGUUAAAAUCUGUCCUGUGUAACCAGUUUCAGGACUGAAAAAGUGCAAUGAUCACUUAAUUACCUGACUCUCGGCAAAAGGAAAUCUGUUUUUCUUUGUUGAAAUAUGUUACACUGUUUAAGUGCUGUGGUCAGUCUCUUCUUCAUUAGUAUAGAAUAGAGUAGAAUAGAACAAAAUAGAAUAGAAUAGAAACUUUAUUAACGUGUCAAUUAAAAAAAUGCCUUGUAGCCUGAGAAAAUCCCAUACUAAUUUUGAGUCACAAUAAAUAGAAAAAAAAAAA